AAAAGUGUCACCAAAUUCAUCUACAACCAUACUUGGGUGCUUGCUUUGAUGAGAAAACACACAAAUGGCAAGGACCUUGUGCGACUUGGAGUGACAUGAUUUGCUAGCCACUUCAUCACUUUGCAGAGCAUUCUUAGUGCCAUUCCUCAUCUUAAGCAGAUGUUUGUGUCAGAUGCUUGAUUGGGGUCUGCAUACUCCAAAAGACCUGAAGCAAAGAAGAUUGUGAGCAUUGUUUUUGAUGAAGGGUUCAAUAAAAGUGGAGAGGAGUUGACUGCGGUGACAGAACCUUUGGUGAGGGUUCUUCGUAUGGUGGAUGGAGAGGGCAUGCCAAUGGGUUUCAUUUAUGAGGCCAUGGAUAGGGCCAAAGAGGCCAUUUCACAUUACUAUCGUGGAAAUGCAAGAAAAUGUGAAAUCUUUUGGCGCAUCAUUGAUCGUAGGUGGACAAACCAACUCCACCAACCGAUACAUGCCUUCGCCUACUUUUUGAACCCGAAAUUCUACUUCUCUGAUUCAUUUAGGGCUGAUGAGGAGGUCAUGGCAGGUGUUAUUACAUGCAUUGAUAAGAUGACACCUGAUCCUGAGUUGAGAGACAAGGUUCUUGAUGAGUUGGAGAUCUACAAAAGUGCAGAGGGGAGACUCUUCUCAUCACAACUAGCAAUUGAUAGGAGAGGAAAACAACAACCAGAUUUAUGGUGGGAGAAUUAUGGUGCCGGCAUGCCUAAUCUUCAAAAGAUAGCUAUCCGUGUUUUGUCUCAGCCAUGCAGUGCUUCUGGGUGUGAACGAAAUUGGAGUGUCUUUGAAAGCAUUCACACAAAGAAGAGAAAUAGAUUGUCACAAAAGCGGCUCAAUGAUCUAGUAUUUGUUCGGUACAACCUUCGCCUUCGAGUUAGACAGGUGGAGGGUGUUUCACAUGAGGCCAUUGACUUGGAUGAAAUUGAUCCAUAUGGUGAUUGGACCAUGAAUGAACAAAAUGAUGGUGAUGAUGUCCUCCUUACCGAAGAAGAAAUUGCAGAAAUAGAGAGAGGAGCAGCACAAGAUGCAGAAGGAGCAAGAUUGGAUGAAGAUGAGGACGAAGAUGAGGACGAAGAUGAGGAUGAUGAUGAGGACUUUGACUUUGAAGAAGAAUCAUCUCACCAUUUAGAUACCACAACACCCACUGCUACUACUUCUAGCUCAAGGCCUGAAAAAUUGAGCUAUAUUAGGAAAAAUACAAAGAGGAAGAUGUAGUCUUCUCUUUGGUUUGUUCAUUCACAUUGUUGUUUUUCACAUUUGCAGUUGGA